UGAUGAUGCCUGAACACGACGGAGGGGUUUGCUUUGUUGAUUGUGUUGGUUAGGUUCGAAGAUGAACAAAAAUGGCGUUAUUCCGUCGUGGAUGAAGCAGCAAUGGCGGGGCAUAGUGAAAGUGCGUUUGAAAUGGGUCAAGAACCGAAGCCUGGACCACGUCAUCGACAAGGAAACCGAUCUGAAGGCGGCGUGCCUCCUUAAGGACGCCGUGAACCGCUCCUCCACCGGCUUCCUCACCGCGCAAUCCGUCGCCGACUGGCAGAAACUCCUCGGCCUGACCGUCCCCGUCCUCCGCUUCCUCCGCCGCUACCCCACCCUCUUCCACGAGUUCCCCCACCCUCGCUGGCCCUCCCUCCCCUGCUUCCGCCUCACCGACACCGCACUCUUCCUCCACUCCCAGGAACUCUCCCUCCACCAAACCCACCAAAACGGCGCCGUCGAAAAACUCUCCAAGCUCCUCAUGAUGUCCAACUCACGCGCCCUCCCUCUCCACUCCCUCCACGCGCUCAAGUGGGACCUCGGCUUACCCGACACCUUCCACAAAACCCUAGUCCCCCAAUUCCCCAACCACUUCCAAUUCGUCAAGUCCCCCAACGGCGUCGUUUCGCUCAAGCUAUCCCGCUGGCCCGACGAACUCGCGGUUUCCGCACUGCAGAAGCACAACGAGGGUGGGACCCACUACCGCGAAUUCAAGCGGGGACAAUCCGCGUUGGCUUUUCCGAUGCGGUUUCCGAGGGGCUACGGCGCGCAGACAAAAGUGAGGACGUGGAUGGAGGAGUUUCAGAAGCUUCCUUAUGUUUCUCCUUAUGUGGAUUCCACGAAGAUUGAUCCUAACAGCGAUUUGAUGGAGAAGCGUGUGGUUGGGGUUCUGCACGAGAUUUUGAGCUUGACUCUGCACAAGAAAACCAAGAGGAACUACUUGAGGGGCUUGAGGGAAGAGUUCAACCUUCCGCAUAAGUUUACCCGCAUUUUCACCAGGUAUCCUGGGAUUUUUUACCUCUCCUUGAAGUGUAAAACCACCACGGUUACUCUCAAGGAAGGUUACCAGAGUGGGAAAUUGGUGGACCCGCAUCCUCUUGCUCGGCAUAGAGAUAAGUUCUACCAUGUGAUGCAGACGGGGCUGCUUUAUCGCGGUGACGGAUCCUUGAAACCUCGGGAGAACAAGAUUGAAAAUGAUGAGCUAAGGAGUGAGGACGAGGUUGAAAUGAGUGACCAACUCUGCGAGAGUGAAUGAGAUUUUGGUGCAGAAUUGUGUUAGUAUGAUACACGCAACAGGAUAAUUCGUUUUAAAGAAAAAUUGUUUCCUCCCCAGGUUUGCAAGAAAUAUCAUAGGAGUGGAAAGAAGAUCAUUUUAGGUAGAAAAGUAUUGCCUGAUGCAGGCAAGGAACAUGAUCUUCCUUGAGAAAUUGUUGCAACAAAAUGUUGUGUACCUGUGUGAGCGGCUUUAAACUUUCUUGUUCGAGGGCAGUUUGUUGAAGCUAUUGAAUAUGCUGGAGAUCACUGAAACUGAACUACUCUGGCCUGAAUGGUUUACGGACAUUAUUUAUCAGCUGUAUCUCCUAAUCAUGUUACAGUAUUCUUUAUUUUUUGCCACUUUGGCGAUCUGUCAACCCGCACUUAUGUUUUGAUUCUAAGGUGGAAAUUUGAGUUGACAAAUAACACAAAAUGUAGGAUUUUUUUUCUCCCUAUGUUGAGAAUUUGUUGCACCAAAAGUUUUCUUUAUUAUGGUUCA